AGGAAUUUUUGGAAUUUUGGAGGAAUUUUUCUUGCGAACUUUUUUUCCAGACGGACGAUGAAAACAUUUUUGUCUUUUUAAAUAGGAGAGAUAGAGAUUUUUUUAAAUUGGACCAUUUUUUAACGUUGCGCGGAACUUUUUUUUUCGCGAACCUUUUUUUUUGGAGGAAUUUUAGGAAUUUUGGAGGAAUUUUUCUUGUGAACUUUUUUCUUUUUAAAUAGUAGAGAAGAGAUAGAGAUUGAAAAAGUAAUUUAAUUCUCCUUCCAAGAUCAGGGCCGAAUCCAGCCCAACCUUUCUGCUCUCCAGAAAAAGUCCAGAUUUCAUCUCUUCGCAAACCAGCCUUUUUUCCUUUGUCUUUUUCCGGCCCGCGUUCUUUUUGAAGUCCAGUUUACGUCCUUCCUUCAAUCGGGCUAAGGACAAAAAGUCACAGCAGAAGUCUACUUUUCCUUCUCGACACUACAGUGCCUUCACCUCUUUUUUCGGCGCGUACGGACGGAUGACAGAAACAUCUAAUGGAGGGCAGAAACACUACCAACCAAUGUUUUAAGUAGGUAAAGAUAUAUAAGAUAAGAUAAGAUAAGAUACAAGGGCAUCAAGCUACCUAGGACGACACGAUUACGCGUAAUAAUAUUUGGAGAAAGUCAACCACGCGUUCCAUGUUAAAACUAAUCCACAAUUAAGGUCAGCGGAGGAUGGGUCAGCCAUACAACGAAUGCGAGCCACUCCACGUGCAGGUGCAGCGCUAGCUAGCCAAGUACUCCUGCUAUUUAGCUUCACUCCCUUAGCUUGCUUGGAGUGAUCACCACCCACUGAAACCAACCAGCAAAUGCAAAUCGAUCUUUGUGGCCGCCGGCGAUGGCAGAUCAGCUCGUGAUCGGCUCAGUCAAGGGCGUCCUCGACACGCUGCUGGGCCGCAUCAGCACCGUGCUCGCUGACAAGGCACGGCUGCUUGGCCGCGUCCGCCGCGACAUGCAGUUCAUCAAGGACGAGAUGGAGAUGAUGGACGCCUUCCUCCUGCUGCUCCUGAAACAGCAGGCCAGCACCCUCGACCGCCACCACUACAACAAGUGCGCGCCAUGGAUCAAGCAGGCGGUGGAACUCGCCCACGACUGUCAGGACUGCGUUGAGCAGUAUGCGCAGUGUGUCGCAGCCGGCCGGCCGCCAUCCAAGGGCCUCCUCAGCCACUUCCAGCGAGUCUCCCGUCUUGUCCGGAACCUUUCCGUCUGCCACCGGCUGGCCUCGCGGAUCCAAGACAUCAAGGUCCGACUGAGUGAGGUGAACGACCGGCGGAAAACGUAUGAUAUUUGCCCCCGCUUUGACACCUUAAGUCAAUUGUGGGAACAGGAUGACGAUGGUGAACAUGGAGAUGAAACUGCUUGGAGACGUUCUUUUGCUUUCGCUGAACCACCAGCCAACCUGAAGAAGAGCACUGUAAACGAGCUGAUCAGAUGGCUCAUGGAGGAUCAAUCUGCAGGGCCCAGGCUCAUACCUAUUGUGGGAGUCGGCGUGGAAGCCGGUAAGAUCAUUGCUGAAAGAGUUUACCAGGACUCCUCCGUCGCCAUCUUAUUUGACUGCAAGGCCUGGAUCACUGUCAACGGAGCUCAAUCUCACGUUCAGAUAUUAAAAGAUAUACUAUGUCAGGUUGUUCUCCCUCUGAACAAGUUCAGGAGUGAAAUGGAUGGCUGGAACGAGGAGGAGCUGGUGGAGAAGAUUCGGUGCUAUUUGAGAGGUAAAAUCUUCCUUGUUAUUCUUCACGAUGUCCGUGACAAAUUGAUCUGGGAUCAUAUAAAGCUUGCUUUCCCAGAUGAUUGUCCUGCUGGUAGUGCCAUUAUAGUCACAACAGAUAAUGAUGAUAAAGUGGCCCAGACUUUCUCUCCGUAUAAAACCUUCAAUCCAGAUAGCUCCGGUCAUGUUCUCAACUUCUUCCUCAGUAGAGCUAUAUCUCUGCUUAAACAUGAAAGGGAAGGUUGGCUACGGAAAAUUCUACCAUGCAUGUUGAUCUAUCUUGAACCUCAAAUCUACUUUAUGAAGAUGCUCCUUCGGUUUCUGUAUUAUAAUGAGAGUGGUUCUUCAAGCCAAGUGUACGAUGCACUAGGCAAUAGAGGAUCACUGCAUGAUUACUGGCCUAAGAAGAUGGUAGAGUUAUGCUACUUUGAUAUGCCUAAUAAGUAUCGGAGUUGCAUGCUGUAUCUAUCUAUUUUCCCACCUGGCUACAAAAUCAGGAGGACCAGCUUAGUAAGACGAUGGAUUGUUGAAGGCCUCAUCACUGACGGACAAGAAAUGAAUGCACUAGAACAAGCUGAUAACUGUUUUGAUUCCCUUGUUGGCAGGCUGCUUCUCUGUCCAAGCGACAUUGAUGCUUCAGGCAAGGUCAAGACCUGCACGGUACUUGACUUGGUUCAUGAUGUCAUUACUGAUCUGGUAUCCGGAGGAUAUGAUACUACUUUUGUUGUCACGGUUUUGGCACCACGAGAACUGGCUCGCCAUCUUUCAAUCCGCUUCAGCACAAAGUUGCAUAUAUCUCUGUCUGAACCUAUCGAUGAUAUUCUUACCUUUCUCAAGUCCCUGCCAUCGUCUUCUUUGCUGUGUCUGCUCAAAGUGCUAGAUUUGGAUAGCUGCAAAGGUUUGAAGAGGCGCCACCUGAAGAACAUCUGUGGCAUAUAUUCGCUCAAGUAUUUGAGCCUGCGGGAUACAGAUGUCACCGAACUGCCGAAGGAAAUGGAGAAGCUGAUCCACUUGGAAACGCUAGACAUCAGGCAGACGAAUGUCAGUGUCUUCCCCAGGAAAUCUUUAGUGCUCCCUAGGCUCAAGCAUUUGCUCUCAGGCCAUACUGUCUGUCCAAGUGAAGACAUCGUCAGGCAACAGGAAUCAUUCUCUGCCGUCCACAUUCCCCACCGAAUUGGGAAGAUGAGAAACAUGGAGAUACUAUCCCAUAUUGAAGUUUCACAUGGUGGAAAGGAGUUGACUGCUGUUAGCCAGCUACUGAAGCUGAGGAAAUUAGGUGUGGUCUUCCAUGAUGCUGAUAAGGAUGGUUCUGAUUGUUUGCUUCAUGUAAUCGGCACGUUGCACAAGUGCCUACGCUCUCUGUCCGUCCAAAUCAGAUCAUCUUCUGCCGAUGAUGGAAGCAAGGGCUUUGACAUGAGCAUGAUGGAUGCCACACUCCCAAGGUUUCUCGAGAGCCUGACAAUCUCUGGCAUCAGAAGUGGAUUGCCUCUGUGGAUAGAACAUCUCCACAAACUUACCAAGGUUACUCUGCGUGAUACCUCCCUGACAGAGAGUGCUAUCCAUGUCCUGGGCAAGCUCGUGGGCUUGCGCUAUCUCAGGCUCCGACACAGGUCAUACAUCCCAGGCAACCUCACCAUCUCCGGAAGGGAAUUCAGAAACCUCCAGUUUCUUUUGAUCGAGAACUCAGACAUUGUCAGCAUCAGGUUCGAUGAGGGAGCAGCUCCUAGGCUCGAGAGGUUGGUCUGGCGUUUCACCAUAAUGGAUUCUCUUGUCGGGAUCGAUCACCUCCUAAGCUUCAGGGAGCUCCAGCUUCACGGUGACUGUGACACGGAGAAGAUUGGAGUGAUUCUGCAUGACAUCAGUGCACACCCCAAUGACCCCAGUCUGAAGCACAUUCCAGCAGCAGGGAACUAAUCAUGCACAAGGACUGGUGCCUACGGAUGAAGCAAACUGAAUAAACUGCCAUGGCUUCAACUCAUUGUGUGCCCUGGAGGAAAAGGAUGCUUAACAUUGCUAUUUCUUUUCCACUUUGAAUUGCCUGUUGACGUUGCUUCUCCAGCUACUUCUGAAGUACUUCAACUUGUAUCUAGUAUCUAGUAUCGAAUAAAGAUGCUGAAGGGGCUCUUACUCCUCUUCCAUGCACCAAUUGUUGGCUUGCAUUGUAGCACCAAUAUUUAGUAUGUUUGCUUGUUUGUCUCCCUUCCCAACUGUCAUGGGUUUAAUUUCCUUCAUUAGUGGGGCUCUUGAACUAAUGCCUGUGUACAAUUCCUGUGUUUGUCUUAUCUGCCUUGUGCAAGAAAAACUUGGUAUUAUUGCCUAAUGUUUA